AUGUUUCUGAGUUUUAUUCGAUUAACACCACCAAAAACACCAAGAAAUGUAUUUUUUCCAUGGCAUAACUUUUGUGUACAUAAAUCAGGAACUUUUUUAGAAAAAAAUAGAUUAGCAUUAAGAGUACCCAUUAAUUUAACUAAAUUUGAAAUUCGAGAAUAUUUAAGAAAAAUAUAUAAUGCAAAAGUUAUUAAAGUUAAUACAUUAAUUAAAGUACCAGAGAGAAGGAGAAAUUUAAGUGAUCGGAGAUUUAACUAUUAUAGAAAUGGCCCAAGAUAUAAAAAGGCUAUUGUAACAUUAGAACAUGAAGUUCCAGAUAGUGUUAAAAUGAUCCAGUCCUGUAAAAAUAUAGGUAGAAAUCCAUACAUUACUAAAAAAAACGUUAUAUAUGGUGUUAGAAGUGAUGUAAAAAUUACACCUACAAGAUCCCAAUUAUGGCAAAUGGGGGAAUGCAGAUAUUCAUGGAGGUUACCUUUAACAAAUUUAUUGGCUGAUUAUAAAAUGAAUUUAAAUCCUGACUUAAGAAUUGAUGAAGAUUUUGUUCAGUUACAACCAGAUACUACUAAGCCAUUUAUGCACUCUGGUAUUUCUUCAGAAACUUUUAAACCAAAUAAUGUACCAGAGCAAAAAUUUCCUCAUAUUGAUUUAACCCCAUGGAGAAGACAAGUAAAAAAAAUUUAUGACUCAGGUACAUUAGCACCACCUGAGUUUUUUCCGCAAGCAUCUAAAAGUAUUGAAACAAUUGAUUAUUUAAAUGAAGGUAAAAAUAAGAAAAAAUCAUCCAGAAGUAGUGUAUGGAAACCACCUUCAUAG